AUGGCCUCUUCUCGUCCCUCAGUACAGACCGACUCGAGCAGCAGCUCUUCCUCGCAAAAGUACUAUACCAUGCCUGGCCAACAAGGCGGCCGAGGCUACGGCAGCCGCGGCAUGCCAGCAGCGCCUCUUCUCACUGACGACGACGAUGAAGACGACUACCUCUACUCCGAUAAGGGACUUGACCGACAUUCCGGCCCUUGCAUCAGUUUGCGCGGUGUACUCAAUGUCCUCACACUCAUUUUGCUCGCCAUGGGCCUGCUCGCGCUCUUCCUCGGCUACCCGCUCGUCGUGGUUCUCAGCAAGGUGUUCGACUCGAUCGACAUCAACCCGUCGAGUCCUCAACGUCUCACAACACUCACUCAGCGUGGCUUGAUCGACCCAGACACACCGCCUACGGCCAUGCGCCGCACCUCGGUCGUCGACGGCUCGGCGUGGCACCUUGUUUUCUCAGACGAGUUCGAGCAGGAAGGUCGAUCCUUCUGGCCCGGUGAUGACCCGUACUGGGAGGCCGUCGAUCUCUGGUACUGGGGAACGGGUGAUUACGAGUGGUACUCUCCCGAAGCCGUCAACACCACCGGCGGUGCGCUCGUCAUCUCGGUCGAGGAGCGUGAGACCAACAACAAGAACUUCCGCUCCGGCAUGGUCCAGAGCUGGAACAAGGUGUGCUUCCAAGGUGCCUACUACGAGAUCGCUGCCCGCUUGCCUGGAGCGCAUGACAUCCCCGGUCUCUGGCCCGGUCUUUGGACGCAGGGCAACCUCGGCAGGCCCGGAUACGGUGCCACCAACGAGGGCAUGUGGCCCUACUCGUACCAGGGCUGCGACACCGGCGCGCUGCCUAAUCAGACGUACGUCAACGGCACUGGACCGCCCGCCGCCCUCAACGCAAACGGUCUCUUCUCGGCGAGCUACAACAACGAGCUCUCGUGGCUCCCCGGUAUGCGAUACACCUCGUGCGGCUGCCCUGGCACCGAGCACCCGGGUCCCAACCGUGGCAUCGCUCGUUCGGCCCCAGAGUUGGAUAUCCUCGAAGCCAAGAUCGACGUCGCCGGCGGACAUGGUGAGACCUCGCAAUCACUGCAAAUGGCCCCCUUCGACGUCGACUACUACUAUGGAAACUCGACGGCGGGUGGCGACAUUCGCAUCUGGGACGCGCGCACGAGGCUCAACGACUACAAGGGUGGUGCUAUCCAAGAAGCCGUCUCUGCGCUCAGUGCUGUUCCUGAUGUAGCGUACGAGAACACCGUUGGCGGCCGUUACGUCACCUUCGGCGUCGAGUACGCCCCCGACUGGAACGAGGACGGUGAUGCCAGCGUCACGUGGUACAUGGACGGCCGACCGACGUGGACCUUGAACGGUCAAGCCAUCGGACCCGUCCCCGAGCUCGAUGUCUCUCAAAGGCUUAUCCCGACUGAGCCCAUGUUCCUGAUCCUCAACGUGGCCAUCUCCGAGUCCUUCCAGGUGCCCGACUUCACCCAGCUCGAGUUCCCCGCGCACAUGGCCAUCGACUACGUCCGCGUCUACCAGCGCGACGGCCAGCCGGAUCGUGUCGGUUGCGACCCCGCCAAUCGCCCAACAUACGAGUACAUCGAGAACAACAAGGACAUGUAUUACAAUCGCAACUUGACAGAAUUCCCGAAGAGCAGGAUCCCAAGGAACAGGUUGCAAGGAUGCUAG